UCUCUGUCUAUUUGUAAACAAAAGAAGCCAGCUGUCAGAAGAAAGCAGUGGACAAAUUUUCCAAUAACACACUGAUAAUCUGGACAAAAUGUUUGCUGAAGUAGAUGUUUUUAUCAGCAACUACACACUAGUCGACCCGGAAAUAUAUCAACUAUGGAUCGAGGGUUUUUCAUCUUCUGAAGCUGUCACCCUGCUCAAGCAAAAGGGAAACAUGAUGGCAGGCAUUCCGCUAGAACUUAUCACCUCCGAUGUACUUGAUCACUACCGUACCUAUUCACUGUUGGAACGUGUUCUUCAUACCCCGGCUAAGCUUUCCGAACAACCAUCAUUCCAGCUUGAGCCACAGAGUCGUUCCUUACUGAUAGAGAAGUACUACUCGCUUGACGAUGCCGUUGCCCGUGAACUAUUUGGUAGAAAGUUCAACUCCCGUAGCCGCAAAGAUUUGGAUGAGGUAGCCGAGAAGACUGGCGUGCGGUUAAAAUCGUGCCGUCGCCAGUUUGACAAUGUGAAGCGCAUCUUCAAAGCGGUUGAGGAAAUGCCAGGCAACACGGCCACCAACAUCAAGCAGCAGUUUAUUCUGCCGGAAGAGCUAGCUCAGAAGUAUGCCGCCGUUGUGUUCAUUGCAUGUUUGCGUUUCGAAACUACAAAGCGUAAGCUGCAGUAUUUAAAUUUUAGGGAUUUUUUCGAGUGUUCGCAGGCAAUCAUGACCAAUUGGACUUACACAUAUCAGCAUGCCGGUCCAGAAUACUAUGACACUGAAAUGGACAAGGAGUUUCUGUUGGAUUUGAGGGAAAUACGAUAUCUGCUUGACAAGGAAAAAGAGAUUAAAUGUUUGGUAACAAUGCGCCUGAAAUCUACAAUGUUGGAACGUGUUUAUCAAGAAAUCGAAACCAACUUCCGCUCUUACUGGCGUUCGAUUAUCACUAUAGCAUGCAGUUUGCACCGGACUCGCGAAAUGCGACAGCUCUUCCUGGAAAUGGCCGAGCGUUUGAUCGAACCGUGGAAACAGAACGGCUGGUCAAAGGAUCACGUGGGUCAAUUCAUGCAGUGUCUCACGCAGAGUGUGCUAGAUCUGGAAGUACCUCGGGACAAUCAGGACAUCCGGUGCCUUUGGGACCGCUAUAUGCAAGUUAUUACGGUUUGCUUGCUGAAAAUGUACCACAACUGAGACAGGCGGUUGACGGUGUCGUUUAGCGCCUAACGAUUGACCGAUAAAAAGUAGAUUCUGGUGUGACUCCAGAUUUCUAAUAUCAAUGAAAACAUUUAACAUUGCGGUGUUUUACAUUAUGUGCAAUUAUUAAUAAGUAACGUAUAAAGCAAACUGAAAGUAAUAAUACAUCACCUUAGGAUUAGAAGCCCGAUCGUGUUUUCCAAUCGCACCGUUUUGAAAAAUAAUAUUUGUAUUUUAUUACUUUUCAAUUAUAAUUUUUUGCGGCUUAUUACGGAUGUCACCUCACGGUGAGAACGAAGUGAAAAAAUCUCACGGUAAAAAAAGACGCGUGCAAAUCAAAUGGGAAUCACUUUCACCGUUACUAUUACGGUUGUCAUCUCACCGUGAAGUGACUCCCGUAAUAAGUCCCAUUAGCAGGUUAUUUUGAAAGUUUUCAAAUUGAUAACCCUUUGCUGCAAUACUUAACUGUAAGAUUGACUGUUAGUGUAUGGUACUAUAGGUGACGUUUUAGCCAAUAUUCAUUCAUUAUUUGAUUAAAUACUAAAAAAUUCAAGUUAGAAACUAAAACGCGCGGGACGGUAGCUCAUUUAUAUACAUUACGCCAGAAGAAAACAUAACUCUAAGUCGAUUGUGGAAUGCUCUCAUGCGAAUCUAUGAGCUGUGCAUAUUCAUGUUCAUGAGCACAAUACACGUAUAUAUUUUAAACCACUUGCGAACUUGUCUUUUCAACAAUAAAUAAAAAAAAAUUGUUAGGUUCCCGACUUUAACAUAUUGCA